CCGUGCAUGCUAUGCCUGUGGAAUGAUGGAAACUGCAAAUAAUAGAGUUAAACGACACUACAUAGCAAAUAAAAGAGGGAUGUUCUAUAUUUACACACACAGAGCAGGGAUUUUUGUGCAUUACAUUGUGCUUGAAAGGCUUUUGGAGUUAACUUAGUGAGCACAGAAGGAACCAUUGGACAGUGGAGGAGCAUGUCAGAAAAUUACUCCACCAUAUUUCACGCAAGUCUAAAAACAAAACCAGAACGGGAACACACGUCACCUACGCCCCACCUUCCCUCUCUCUUUCUCCCAAAUGCUCCCCUUCAGGCCCGCACGGACUUUCCAUUUCACACCCCUCCCCCUGACAGCAGAGGAGGCACAGGCGCUCCUUCGCCCCGGUCCAAACUCCACUCACAAAGCCCGACAUCAUAUCUGUAUAGACCUGCAUGGACAGAACCUGGACUACUGCUCAUGUUUUCGUGCGAUAUACGGCAAUGAGGGAUUCCAGAAGCUUAACGCACCUCCAAUUACCAAAGAAGGGGCUAUUAAGCUCAAUUAUUUGUUAGAAAAACAGUGGAGAAGGAUUGGGGGAGUGCAUGUUACUCGGCGGGAUUCAUUUCCUCGGUGCUGCAGAGCAGGAGCUGGAUGACAUGAUGCUGCAGAGCCCGCUAACAUCCACGCCGUUUUCUGUCAAGGAUAUCCUCAAAUUGGAGCAGCAGCAGCAGCAACAAUCCGGGUCCCUGGAGGUCCAGCACCGGGUCCACAGCACCCAGCAGCUGUUGUCUGGGACUUCCCCUUCCCAGCAGCAGCAUUUCCAAACCCCGUCGUCCUGCAUGCUCGCCGGGGCCCGAGACAGUCCUCCAUUCUCGGACGGAGAGGAUAACCUGGCUUACCUUAGCGCACUGGCGGUGCGAGGGGAGGAGGACCGCGGGGAGACCAGCCUGUCCCCGGACAUGUACGUCCAUUCCGGGCUGCAGGGUGCUAAGCUGGAGACCGCCGAGCUGGAGGACCAGGAGAGCAAGAGCUGUAGUUUGGUGUCCCGAGAGGAGGCCUCGGAGGGCGGCCAGGGAGACUCAGAGCGGCCGGUACAGAAGCAGAGAAGCCGGCGGAGACCCAGAGUGCUCUUCUCCCAGGCGCAGGUCUUCGAGCUGGAGCGGCGCUUCAAGCAGCAGCGCUACCUCUCCGCCCCGGAGCGGGAGCACCUGGCAUCCACCCUCAAACUCACCUCCAACCAGGUGAAGAUCUGGUUCCAGAACCGUCGCUACAAGUGCAAGCGGCAGAGGCAGGAUAAGUCUCUGGAGGCGGCGGGGCAACACCACCCUCCUCCACCCAGGCGUGUCGCUGUUCCGGUGCUGGUCCGGGAUGGGAAGCCUUGUUUGGGGGGAGCACAGGGAUACGCCGCCGCUGCUGCUCCAUACGGAACCAACCCGUACAGCUAUAACGGAUACCCCGGGUACACAUACAACAGCCCCGCUUACAACAGCAACUACAGCUGCACCUACACCAGCAUUCCCGCUCUCCCUCCCUCCAGCUCUUCUGGCGCAUUCAUGAACAUGAACUUGGGAAACGUGAGCAGCCUCGGAGGCUCCACGCAGCCACAAACACACCAAGGGACCGCGGUUACGUCGUGCCAGGGCUCCCUGCAAGGGAUCCGGGCCUGGUAGCCUCACCACCACAGAACUAGUGACUUUUUUUUAAUGGAGCUCCUUUUUGGCACAAACUUCUUUAGACAACAGUAUUUCUUAUGAAUGUGAGUUUGGGUUCACUUGUCAGAUUAGACGGAAUUUAAUUCGUCUUUCUGACUAAAUUAAAUGUAAUAAAGCCCAAUAAGGGCUUCGUUACGGCCGGAGGUCUGAUACAGUAUGUGUGGUCCAAUUAGUUUUGGUGCCGUCGUUUGGCACUGGUUGGAUCAAAGCACAGAGGGAAAUUACGCACAAUUUUUGCGAAUUUCUCUUUUGAACUAAAAAAGAUCAUCCUUUUUAGAGCUUGUUUUUAACUUGGUAUAUUUUGAGGCUUUGGAGAGACUGGCUUGCUUUUAAGUGUUUUUGGAUCAACAGAGGAAUGUUUUAGUCUAUUUCACAUCUAUUCAAAUAAAUCAGAGAAACUGAAAA